AUGUCGGCCCUAGCCCAAACAAUAUCCAGUUCUUGCUACAAGUGCCAAAUGUAUGCAAAUAUCCCAAGGGCACCACCCAUUGCCCUCUCCAUCCUCCUUGCACCAUGGCCGUUCUGUCAGUGGGGUUUGGACUUAAUUGGUAAACUUCCCACAGCGGUGGGACAGUUCAAAUACGCCAUUGUCGCUGUGGACUACCAAACAAAGUGGGUAGAAGCAGAACCUCUCGUCGCCAUCACCACGGAAAAGGUUAAAAACUUCCUAUGGAAGAACAUCUACUGCAGGUUUGGAGUCCCGGACACCAUAGUCACGGAUAAUGGUACCCAGUUUGACAAUGAUGAGUUGAGGGCUUACACAGAGAACCUGGGCACCAAGAUCCUCUAUGCUUCCCCGGCUCACCCUCAGACCAACGCCAAGGGUCUUUGGGCUGCUAAACUCCCGGAGGUGUUGUGGGCUAUCAGGACCACGGCAACGGAGGCCACCGGAGAGACCCCUUUCUUCAUGGCUUUCAGAUCAGAAGCGGUACUCCCUAUUGAAACACAAAUCCAGAGUCCCCGGAUCGAAUACUUUGAUGCGGGUACCAACUCAGAAGGCCUACACCUCGAUGCUGAUUUACUCGAGGAACGAAGGGAUGUGGCACACAUGCAUAACUUGGCAAACAAGCGGAGGAUAGCUCGUUAUUACGAUGCCAAGGUACAAUCCCGGACACUGAAGUUGGGGGAAUGGGUCAUGAAGCAAGUCUACCCAGAGCCCCGGGGACUGGAUCCAUCCUGGACAGGCCCUUACGAGAUCAUUGAAGAGGUAGGCCCCGCAACCUUUUUCAUCCAGGACAUGAACGGGGUCGUUUCCAGGCAUCCAUGGAAUACCCAGCGCCUGCGGUACUAUUACAAGUAG